AUCGUGAAAUGUUCGUUCCAGAUGCCACAGACAGUACCUACCGCAGCCGGCUACUCGCCGUCAUUCGAUUACAGCACAUUCCAGUUCGAUUUGUCCCUUCUAUCGGACGAUUAUGCAGCAACAAACACGCAGAACACGCUGAAGCCAGCGCAUAUCAAACAGGAGGCGCAGUCGCCUCGUCCUGGUUCGCCGACCGCUUAUUCGAAUUCACCUUAUCCCGGCGCCGGUGGUGAACUGUCACCUAACUACUCGCACGAAGGUUCACCAGGAUACCCGACCAGUCCCUAUUACGUGCCCAGGAGUCCUCAAAGUGCUCAGUUCUACCCGACCAGUCCAGAACCCUCGGCGAAGCAACCAGUGAAAAGGGAGAAGAGCCUCGAUCUUCUGGCCAUCCUGCAAGAAUCUAGACUGUUAGCCGAGAGUCUGGGCUACAGGGAGGAUUCGACCGACUGCACAGUGCCGUGCACGCCGCCCAGGACCGAGGAGGACAUUUACAACAGCCUUGACGCGGACUUCUUUGCGAAGAAAGAGGAUACCGCAGUGCAAGGGCAUCCGUUGCUGAAGGAAAUCCUGUUCAAGGAAGAGCCACGAUCCAGCUGCAGCAACAGCAGUUCCAGCAACACCAGCAGUUCCUCCUCGCCAUUGUCAUCCUCGUCGUCGAGCGCUUCCUCCUCGCCAGAUCCCGUGGAACUCGAGAACAGUUCCCCUCUGAGGAACUUGCUGUUCAAGGGCGCUAGGAAAGAUUUCGCGGACGCCGCGAUCGCGAGAACAAAUGUUCUGAAACUCGAGAGAAUACAGGACGAGGUCAGGAAUCCUCUGCAAAAGGAGGAGGAACUGUUCAAGGACGGGCAAAAGAGCGACCAUCAGUUGCUCAGGGAAGUACUGAGGGACACGAGCUUCCAAAGGAAGUACAAUCUGAGACCGGUGGAUCUGGGCAGCGUCGGGACAGGGUUCGUGGAAGACAUGGAAGCCGGCGAAUGCGUCGGCGACCUGACUAGAGAACAGAUCGAACCUGUCCUUAGCCUUGCCAUCCAACAGCUGCAGAAGGACUUUGACAACACUUGCGUGGCACUCGGUAUUCAUCCUGAGCCACGACGUUGGAGCGCGGCGGACGUAGCAGCGUGGAUCCAAUGGGCCAGGAGGCAGUUGCAAUUGCCCUCGGUGCCACUGGAGAGCUUCAACGUGGACGGUGCUACGUUAACAUCGCUGACGGAAGAGGAAUUCUGUCAGCGUGCCCCCCAGUGCGGCAGCAUUCUGCAUGCACAGCUGGAGAUUUGGAAAGCAGCGGUCGAAGAUUCGCCGCGUAACACACUGGCAGCUUCCUGGGUUCCCCCCGUUGUUCAAACACCAAACAGCAAUAACAACGCACCGUCCCCUAUUGCAAAUACAGCUCCAGCCAGUGUUAAAGGCUCCACUUGCAGCGUAGAUUUCUCCGAUGACGAGGACGAGGACUGUGGCUCGCAACCGGGAACAGGCAAUGGCGGCAGCGCCGGCGGUGGUAAAAUGCGCAACGGUGGCUCGCACAUUCACCUGUGGCAGUUCCUGAAGGAGCUGCUGCAGAGCCCCGGCAUUCACGGGUCCUGUAUACGCUGGCUCGACCGCGGCAAGGGUGUGUUCAAGAUCGAGGACUCGGUGCGCGUGGCGAAGCUUUGGGGCAAACGGAAAAAUCGGCCGGCCAUGAACUACGACAAGCUGAGCCGCAGCAUCAGACAGUACUACAAGAAAGGGAUCAUGAAGAAGACGGAACGUAGCCAGAGGCUGGUCUAUCAGUUUUGCCAUCCUUACUGCCUGUAAAGUCUUGCGCCCCGGUCCCGUUAAGCCUUUCGCGCUCGCGAACCUCCGACAGUAUGUUAUCUCGACGCUAUUCAAAAACUUCUCAUCGUAUUUUAUCCCCGCGUUUAUGGAACGCGCGACGAAUGGACGAAAGAUCGAUCCUGCAUCUCGUUCGAUCGAAAUUCACGAUUUAAAGACAGAUUCGGUUAUUUAUGUUGCGAGAACGCGUCGGGGUAACAUCAUCGUCGUUGAUCGAAUCAUGCGCGAUUCUCGUUUAGGCGCGUCAGAAUCGCUGAUAAGUUUGAUCGUUAUCGUCGAUCGGUUUGUCGAACGAGCGCGAAGGGUUAACACCGAGGUUUGGCCGGUUUCAGCCUCAAGGUCGUCCAGGCUGAUCACCUUGAGGCCGGCGUUGAUUUUCGAAGGGGAGUUACGACGAAGGGCUUCCGACUCUUUCCGCGUGCAAUCAUUUUUCUCGCCGAGACUCGUCGCGAGGACAAGCGACGCGAUAUCGCGUGUUCCUCUCCGGUGUGGUUGACUUUUACGAGGAAAAGAUGAAAAAGAAAAAAUUAAAAAAAAAAAAA